UUUCACGCAUGUACAUACAUCAUUUGCUUAUACACAACGAUUCCCUUCAAGCAGCAUUGUCUUCGUAGUAGCUCUCGGAUUUGCGGUUGGAGGCGCGAUAUCGUGUAGAGUCAAUCCAUCCGUGGGAGUCGAACCGUGAGGAAAGAGUGAGAAAGAAAACAAGACAGAAAAGUGAGCAAAAGCAGGAGGGAAUGAGAGAGAAAGUAAAAUAAAUGUAAGUGAGGAAAAGAGAAGAAGAAAGAAUCAGCUACGACGGAAGGAACGCACGGAAUACGAACCGCCACAGUGUUGUCGACGAGAGAGGGUACACGGAGGCGAGAAUUUCUCAGGGUUCCGUUUUCGUUCUGUUUUUUUUUUUCAUUUCAACGUUGGGUGGCUGGAAAUUCACAGAGUUAAGAGAAAUGGUGGACGUGAGUUUGGAACAUUACUUAGCUAAAUAGAAAAAUAAUAUACCGGCACCGUGUGGGCUUAAAUCAACGAUAAAUGCGAAACACAGCAUGGUGUCUCCGCCGAGCCGUGCAUACUCAAGAUCCUGAAGAGUUCUAAGAGCUGCUGCUAUUACUCGUCUUCUGGUCUCAUCACCUCCAAAAUAACGUCUCCUGCGGGCACGUUGAUGCAUCGUAAAGGUUUUCUAGUGGAUCUUAAGUGGUCAUACGUCGUCAACGUGUAAUUCUCAUCUGUGUGUGCAUCGAUGACGUUUUCGUCUCGCGCUGUGUAACGCAUCUCGGGGUUGAAAUAGAGAUCGUUACGGAAUGUGCCAGUGCGUAGGUGUGUGACUUUAACGAGGAUAGUUAUGCUUCUCCACAAUAAAUUUCUAGCAUCAGGAAUCCGAUGCCAAAUGAAAUCAGAAUCUCAGCGGUAUUUAUCCGCAUGACCCCCAUGAUUUCCUCAUGGGUUUUCACCCCAACUUUAAAUAUUUGUGAGCCUAAAUUACUCAACAAAUUUUUUGGUACAUCCAGAGUUAGACCAGUAGAAUGAUAGGUUGCUGUUUAUUAAAAUUUUCAUCUGAAUUGUUAAGUAAAAAUUACUCACAUUUCAAGUUCGGUGUCAACUGACAUCUGUAGACGGACAUAUCUAUUGGGAACAUUAUAUGGAGAAAUGUUGCACUGGUUAAUGUACCAUAAAGAGAGAAAGUUUUAAAUACAGUGGUACUCUUAAAGAGUAUCAUACAUUCAUACCAUACUAGAACUCUGUUAAAGCAAAGUUUUAUAAACUUUGAUAUCAUUUGUCAUUUGAUAUCUUCAACAUUCUGAAGCUAAAUGAUGAGAGGUUAAACCCGGAGGAUGGGUCCCGGUGGGGUAUCAGUAUGCGGGAGAAGUCAUCAGAAUGUCCCACUCACCUAGACUAUGUGAGGGGCACAACAGAGAUGUGCUCACGUGAUCCUCCUGCUCUGCACCCUGCCCUUGCCAAGGCCAAUGGUAAAAAUUCCAGUCCCCAACCAAGUCCUCAGGGUGAAUCAAGAGUUGAUAGUGGAAUUCUUCCAACUCCUGGAGGUCGUUUAAAGUUCUUCAAAGAUGGAAAAUUUAUUCUCGAGCUAUCCCAUCGUCGUGAUGGCGAGAGAACUACAUGGUUUCCAGUACCUAAAAAAACAUUUUGGCCUCCAGCUAGCACUACACCUAACAGGCAGGAGAGUUCGACUUCCCUCAGUGUCUCAGACGAUAAUUCGUCGAUACAGUCGAGUCCAUGGCAGAGAGAUCACUGUUGGAAACAAACUCGUCCUCGACGUUGUACCACAACGGAAUUUAACUUUUAUUACCGACGAGAUCCACGCACUCACCUGUAUGCUCCGUCACGUUUGCUCGUUCGCAAAUGUCGACGUCCCUUGGAUCCAACGCCGCUACAACUUGUCACAGAAUCAGGUGCAAGUUGUCAGAAGCCAUCAAAUAAAACAAGCAAAAAUAUCGAGACUGGGAAAGCUUUGAGUUUUAUUAUUGAUAAGCUAUCGCGUUUAGAUCCAAAUGUUGUAUCGCCACGAAAGCGAAUAUUACGUGAGCUCGAACGAGUUACAUUAGAGGAUCAAGCGUCUAAAAGACGUGCAACACCGCAGCCUAUAACAUUAUCAACUACGAUAACUACUGCGACAACUACGAGUGCAUCAGUGCCCUCACCAAAGCAAUUAUCGUCAUACAGUAUAACAAGUAUUCUAGGAGAAGACAAGCCAAAUCCAGAACCGGGCUUCCUGCGAAAUUUAUUAAAACUGGAUGAUGGACAUGCCUUCAAAUACUCAUCAAGUCAUUCCUACCCACGAACUAGAGUCGAUCCUUUCGUUGGAUCGCCAAAUACUUCAGUUCAUCAUCCACUCUAUGCAGUUCCCAUGCUUCCACCUAGUCCAUAUAGACCAGGACUUUGGAUGCAUUAUCCACCACCUGUUCAUUACCCUCCCCCAAUUCAUCCUAUUUAUCCACCACCACCACCUCAUCCUUCGUCUCCUCCGGUUCAUCAUUAUAAAGACUACAGGGAACAAACUCUCACACCUCCAUCAGAUAUGCCGUUGAAUUUGUCGAAGCAUGCGGGUUGAAUCUCAGGAUCCUAAAAAAAAGUCGGUGCCUUAGCGAACAAAUUGAAUGUGUAUACACUGCCUGAGCAACGACAGAACUAUAUAUUAGUAUUUUUUUAUUCACGGACAAAAAUAUUUAGAAAAAUUUUAAAUAAAAGUCAUGUAAAAAAAGCAGACGUUUGCGAAACAAAUGCAAAAUGCCUGAUUGGCAUACUUGUAAAUAUGAUUGUGUGAAUUAUAGAAGUCGAUUUUAGGCCCUUGAAUUAUAUUAUAAAUAAUUAUAAUAAUUAAUUAAAACAAAAAUUAAUUGAAAGAGAAAAAUUUUUGUCCGUAGUAUUAAAAUUGAGAUGUUGGAGGUAAAGUGCAAUAAGUGAUGUAUCGUUGAAUGUAAAACUCAUAACUUUUUAUAUUGUUAUUUAUGAUGAAAAAGUUUGAAUGAAAAUACUUUUAAUAAUCCUUCAAUUAAGUCUCAUAUCAGAAGACGUCCAUUAGAUGUUAGGAAUUCAUAAAUAAUAAAAAUAUCAAAAGAAAAAAAAGAGAAUAAAAUAUUUAUAAAGAUAAGAAUAGACACGAGUUUUACAUCAUACAAGUGAUCUAUCACUUUGCCUGCAACUGAACAUAUGCAAAACUGCUAAAGUAGUUUGAAACGAAAAAAAAAAAUCAUAUUUUUUCUCAUACUCCUCCAUCCCAUUUAAACAUAAUAUUGUUAUUAAUUCUAAUUAAUGUUAAUGUCAAUGCUGUAAUGAUAAAAAGAAAACACAAUAUGACUAUCCAUGAUAAAAGAAUAAUUAAAAAAACAUAGGUUUAUGUACAGAACAGAUAAUACACAAUUAUACAUUUUUAGAAAAUGGAUUUUAAUAUUAUUGCAAACUGUAGCACAUCAGUUUAUUUAGAUUACACAUAUUCGCCUGAUAAUAUGAAUAUAUUUAUGCAAUAUUAAUGAUGAUAAAUGUAAUUUAAUUGAUACAAAGAACAAGAGAGAGAGAGAAAGAGUGUAUGAGAGUGAGAGUGAGAGCGUGAGGCGUGCCUUAAACUUUUAGAGCACAUGUGACAUAAAAAAAUACUUAUAAAAAGUAUAUAAAAUCUCAGCGAUGUACAUUGCUACCGUGUACAUACAAAUGAACAUUUUUUUUGUUUUUAAAUGAAUUUUCAAUGUAUUUGUAUUUGUAGAAAGUAUUUGUUGUAAACCAGUCGUAAAUUUAUUUAUUUAAAAGUCAUCCCAUUUGGACCUUGACUGUUGAUUUUUAAUAGAAACAUUUAGUAAGGCAAGUUUUCUCAAGCUCUACUAUUAAAUAAUAAUUUAAAUUCUUUUAUUAUUUUAUAGAAGGCGAUUAUUUGGAAAAAUAAAA